AUCUUCAGCGCAGCUCUCUGCACAUGUUGCUUAAAAGCAAUCCGCAUCCCGCCCUAGGACCAUGGCUUACGAACAAACCUCCACACCGUCGUCAGGGGCUUUGACAAAUUUUUUACCGCCCAAAAUACCCACCACCACCAUACUUGCGACACCGCCGCCAUGUCGCGUGCCCUCAUGAACGUACUGCGAACGUCUUCGCGACAUAUACAUACAACACCACGUGCAUACUCGCCGUCGUCACCGGUAGCCCGAACCAUACUGCCUUCCGCACAAAUCCGAUGGAGCUCACAUUCCCCGCUGGGCUCCGCGCCAACAAAUACCCGUAAACCCGUCACUCUAAACACGCUGCAGAGUCUAUACCGUAAGAACGAGCCCAUCACCAUGAUAACCGCGCACGACUUCCCCAGCGCCCACGUCGCCGACCACGCCGGCAUGGACAUGAUACUCGUCGGGGACAGUCUAGCCAUGGUAGCCUUAGGCAUGGAAGAUACCAGCGAAGUGCAAAUGGAAGAGAUGCUCCUCCACUGCAAGUCCGUUGCGCGCGCAACAAAAGGAGCUUUCACAGUCGGCGACCUCCCCAUGGGAACCUACGAGAUCUCCCCCGCACAAGCCCUCGAAUCCGCUAUCCGCAUGAUCAAAAUCGGGCGCGUCAAAUCUGUCAAACUAGAAGGUGGCAAGGAAAUGGCUCCCACAAUAGCCAAGAUAACAUCUGCUGGUAUCCCCGUCCUCGCGCACAUUGGCCUCACACCUCAGCGCCAAAACGCUCUAGGCGGUUUCCGCGUUCAAGGCAAAUCCACAUACUCUGCGCUUAAACUCCUCGACGAUGCGCUCGCCGUUCAGGAAGCCGGUGCCUUUGCUGUAGUUCUGGAAGCUGUGCCCGCGGAAGUCGCUGCCGUAGUCACCAGGGAACUGCGUAUACCUACCAUUGGUAUCGGCGCAGGGAAUGGCUGUUCGGGUCAGGUGCUCGUGCAGGUUGAUAUGUUGGGCAACUUCCCGCCUGGGCGGUUCUUACCCAAGUUUGUUAAGCAGUAUGGGAAUGUGUGGGAGGAGGCGCAUAGGGCGAUUAGCCAGUAUAGGGAUGAGGUUAAGAGUAGGGAGUACCCGGCAACGGAACAUACAUAUCCUAUGGAUAAGAAGGCGUUUGAGGAGUUUAGAACAGUGGUUGAUGAGGAGAAGGAGAAGGUGGAUUUGUUGUGAUGAGUGUUGAUGGUGCGCUUUCUGGUCUUUUUUUUCUUGGGGGUUGUGUAAGAGACAAAGCGUCGUUCUGCAUACCAUACAUGACAUUUUCAUUGCUCCUGAAAUACAGCUG